UCCCCCGCCCCUCCCCCGAGAUCAUUCUCCGCAGCCUUCGGCGUCCAGCCGCCUAGGAGCGGAAGCCGCUCUGCACCGGGUCAAGCUGCUGAGCCGCAGCUGCCGAGCAGCCGCGGCCACGGCGAGGCGCGGGGCGCGGGCGUCCCGGGGACCCAGCGGUCCGGAGCGGCCGGGCAGGCGGACACCCGGAACAGGCUGCCCGGCCGGCGGAGGCAGCGGCCGUGGCGGUCGCGCUCGGGCACCCCGUGCGCGGCGCUCCAUGCCGGUGUGGUGCUGCCGCUGCUCCCUGGCUGGUCAUUUCAGAAGCUACAGUGACACUGAAACUGAAGGAGAGAUUUUUAAUUCCUUAGUGCAAUAUUUUGGUGAUAAUUUGGGGAGAAAAGUUAAAGCGAUGCCAUUAGUUGAAGAGACUUCUUUACUUGAAGAUUCAUCAGUGACUUUGCCUGUGGUUAUAAUAGGAAAUGGCCCCUCAGGAAUAUGCCUUUCAUACAUGUUAUCAGGCUACAGACCAUAUUUGUCCUCAGAAGCAAUACAUCCAAAUACAAUCUUACAUAGUAAAUUAGAAGAAUCAAGACAUCUUUCCAUUAUUGAUCAGGACUUAGAAUACUUGUCUGAAGGUCUUGAAGGUCGAUCAUCUAAUCCAGUUGCAGUACUUUUUGACACACUUCUUCAUCCAGAUGCUGACUUUGGGUAUGAUUAUCCAUCUGUUUUGCACUGGAAAUUAGAACAACGGCAUUAUAUCCCUCACUUAGUCUUUGGUAAAGGUCCACCUGGCGGAGCAUGGCAUAAUAUGGAAGGCUCUAUGUUGACAAUCAGCUUUGGAAAUUGGAUGGAGCUACCUGGACUUAAAUUUAAAGAUUGGGUGUCUAGCAAACGAAGGAACCUAAAAGGUGAUAGAGUUAUGCCGGAUGAAAUAGCUCGCUACUACAAACAUUAUGUGAAAGUGAUGGGUCUUCAGAAGAAUUUCAGAGAGAAUACUUUUAUAACUUCAGUAUCAAGACUCUACAGAGACCAAGAUGACAGUGAUAGUCAAGAGAUAGAUGUUUCAAAACAGCAUUUACAAAUAGAGAAGUCAAAAAUUAUCAAGAGGAACUGGGAAAUCAGGGGCUACCAGCGAAUAGGGGAUGGUUCCCAUGUUCCUUUCUGUCUAUUUGCUGAGAAUGUAGUUCUGGCAACUGGAACAUUAGACUCUCCUGGCCAUCUGGAAAUCGAAGGGGAAGAUUUUCCUUUUGUGUUUCAUUCAAUGCCUGAAUUUGGAGCUGCUGUAAACAAGGGAAAGUUGCGUGGCAAAGUGGAUCCAGUGUUAAUUGUAGGUUCUGGGCUGACUGCAGCUGAUGCAGUACUGUUUGCUCACAACAAUAAUAUCCCUGUGAUUCAUGUAUUUCGCAGGCGAGUAACUGAUCAGGGCUUAAUUUUUAAACAGCUUCCCAAAAAGCUGUAUCCCGAAUAUCAUAAAGUCUAUCAUAUGAUGUGUACUCAGUCAUAUGCUGGAGACUCAAAUCUUUUAUCUGAUUAUACCAGUUUUCCUGAGCACCAUGUGCUUUCCUUUAAAUCAGAUAUGAAGUGCAUUCUUCAAAGUGUCUCUGGACUGAAGAAAAUAUUUAAGCUUUCUGCAGCAGUCGUAUUGAUAGGUUCUCAUCCUAAUCUGUCUUUUCUGAAGGAGCAAGGGUGUUACCUGGGCCAUAAAUCAAGCCAGCCAAUCACAUGUAAAGGUAAUCCUGUGGAAAUUGAUGCAUUUACCUACGAGUGUGUUAAAGAAUCCAACCUUUUUGCAUUGGGUCCUUUGGUUGGAGACAAUUUUGUUCGGUUUUUAAAGGGAGGUGCACUGGGUGUUACUCAUUGUUUAGCUAUAAGACAGAAGAAAAAGCAACACUUAUUUGUCGAAAGAGGAGGAGGAGAUGGGAUUGCUUAAAGCAGCAUUACCAACUAUUUAUUUUGGGCAAUUUACCAUUAAAGAUUUUUAAUAGUGGUUUACAAGUGUACUGGCUUGAAUUUUCUGAACAUGGGUUAAUUGGAGGAAAGUUUCAAGCUAGAGCAACAUUUUUUUCCCCAAGAACUUGAUGUCCUGGUUACACUGCAGUAUAUCAAUAGUGUCACUAUCAGACAACCAAGAAUAUUUGGUGUAUUUUAGGAUUUCACUUAACUAAAAUCUUUUCUAAGACUCUUUUUUUGUGGUGAUUUAUCGCCAUUUCUUAUGUUUGAUUUCAAAAUAUGGCAGCUUUGAACAUAUAAAACCAUACUGUUAAUAGAUCAGAAAUGGCCCUCUGUCUGUUGGGUCACCUUGCUACCCAAGGGUGGGUCGAAUACAUCAUUUGCAGCUUACUCGAAAAGUGCUCACAGGCCCACAACAAACUGAGUCAGAAGCUAUAUUUUAAAGAAAUUCUCAAGGAUUCUAUGUGCCUAUUAUAAUUUGAAACACACUGGUCUAAAAGAAAAAGUGAUACAUUAGUUGGGGAAGGGGCAGAUUUAAGAGGCGUUUACUGCUCAGGUUUAUUUUAAAUGACUAUCAGUCACAUCUAAUUUAUUAUGAAUAUGGUGGUCUUUAAAAUAUGUAUUAUUGAAAUAAUAGUCAAGUUUCUAAUAAUCUAAACAAUUUAGUAAUAUUGGUUUAGAAGUCCAGAAAUUUGCCAAGAUUUUUUAAAAGGUUUAUUCUCUGCUUAACUACCAUAACACAAUUACAGUUCAAUUAAAUUGUGACUAAAACUACUUAUAUUACCUCUCUGUAUGGAGUUUGUUUCUGUCAGUUAAACUAAGUUAUUGGGCAUACUUAAAAUAAGUAUUACAAUUGGGCAUAAUGAAAUACAUGGGUAACAAAAUAUUUAUUUAAAAAGUUAUUGUUAAAACCUGUCUUUUCCAUUCCUGGAAUGAUUAUUGCUGUGACAUUUUGCUCACUGGAGAUGGCAUGACAGCUUUUCCUAUGGUUAUUGUUUUAUAUGCUGAUUGAUUGUCCUUACCUGUUUUAGACCAAUUCUAUAAUUUCUAGUGUUAGACAAAAGUUUUGAGUUCUACAUGGCAAACUGAACUUCCGAAUCUUAUUAUUCUCUACUUGGUAAUAUUUAUUUCCUCUGGAAUGUGAUCAUGGAACAUCUAAGACUACUUUUUAGAAUAAAAAAAAAUGGGCUGAAA